GCCUACAUGGCCAUCUUCGACGGCCACGACGGCGACGCCUGCGCGUCCUUCCUCCAGCACGAGCUCCACGGCCACCUCUGCCGCCAGGCCCAGUUCUUCGGCGACGCACGCGCGGCCGUCGCGCGCGCGUUCCGCGAGGCCGACGACGAGGCCUGCGCGCGGCUCCGGGCCGACGACGACGCGUCGGGGUCGACGGCCGUCGUCGCGCUCUUCGACGGCGGGAGCAACAAGCUCCUCGUCGCGCACUGCGGCGACUCGCGCGCGGUGCUCUCCGUGUCGGGGGGCUGCGCCUUACCGCUCACGCAGGACCACCGGCUCACGCGGCCCGACGAGCUCGCGCGCAUCCGCGCCGCCGGGGGGCUCGUCGUCAACCAUCGGCUCAACGGGUCCCUCGCCGUGUCGCGGUCCUUCGGCGACGUGCUCCACAAGGACGCCGCGACGUGCCCGACGCUCACGGCCGCGCCCGAGGUCGCGAUCCGCGCGCUCGACGACGAGGACGAGUUCGUCGUCGUCGGCUGCGACGGCCUCUGGGACACGCUCUCCAUGCAGACCGUGACGAACUUCGUCCGCGCGGAGCUCCAGCGGCACCGCGACCUCCAGCGGGCGGCCAAGGCCCUCACGGAGGAGGCCAUCGCCCGGGGGUCCGUCGACAACGUCUCCGUCAUCAUCGUCGCCCUCCACCAGGGCCCGGGCAGCCCCAAGCACGCGCAGGGGCCCGCGUAA